AUGCUAAUCAGCUUAGAAUCGCCCACUGGUGGUCAGAGGAGCGUUGGAGCAGUGGGCAAAGCGAAGGAAGUGCUCGGUUACGGCCACAGAUAACUUACCAACAUGUCACUCCAAAAAAAAGUUAAUACCCGCAAGAAUGUGAAACCAAGUCCGAAUAAGACUAAGAAGAAUCCAUCUGCCAUCAUCUCGAUCCUCUGUCCAGAUGGCGAUAAGCCCAAUAAGGAAGCCAAGCCCAAGAAGAACGGCGGGUCGGAAGAAUUUCAGGCCAAAGAAUGUCCCCGAACGAAAAGCUUCAAGCCACCAGAAGAGAGGCGAAUAUUUCUGGAGCAGGAGGUGGUUCCCAUUCUAAUGGAGGGCAUGUUGGGAUUGGCCCGGGAAAUGCCCCGCGAUCCCAUCGGUUAUCUGCAGAAGUUUUGGCUUGACGACAAGCACAAGUGUGACAUUCCAUUGCCGCAGAAUAUUCUUUAA